GGGCGUUACUAGUGGGCCGGAUGAACGUGUAGGAUUACUUGCAAAGCUAGCUGUUCUUUGAUGUGAUGACCGGUGGUAUUGUCAUGUAGACUUACCUCAGGGGUAACACCCGAGGUAGCAGUCAGUCUUACGGCAGUCUGUGUAAGGUAGCGGUGACUGUGUUGUGGGUGGUGACUGAAGAAGAGAGCAUAUACAUGUUGUACAGUGUCUCUUACUAUUAAGAAGCAGGUACAUCAUGUGGAGGUUGCGAGCGAAGUGGCGCUGUGUUGUCUGUUUGCAGAUCAUCGGGAGUUUUUGUCUCGGAGCGUACGUUCAUUUCUUAGCAACAACAAAACAGCUGAGAGAAGAAACAACUACACCCACCACUGUGCAUAGAGGCCUAGGGAGCGCAGAAAACCACCUUUUCAAGACUGUCGAAGGGUCUGGACCGCCGACUCAAAACAACAAGCCAACAACAUCGACUGCUGGCAGGCUGUUCCAGAAAAUAGCUUACGUCGAGAAGAAAAGUGUUCCACCAGUGACAGGUAUGUUGGAAAAGGAUGAGAAAUGGAGAAGAAAUAUAAGAUCAAGAGAAGAACUGGGAGUUGGGAGUAGUCAUCAAUCGGACUUUUCAAUUAAGAAGAUAUCUAAUGAUGAAGUAAAACGGCCGUCAAGAAAACAACUGGGGCUCACCAAUUCUUUGCAUAUUGGACGGCAUUUUACUGUAGAUUUGGAAUCGAUCGAUGUACCGUUUGGUGGAAAAUGGAAACCAUCUACUAUUGAUUCAUCUAUUAUAUCAGAGAAGAUCGCCGUAUUGGUCCCAUACAGAGACAGAGAGGAGCAUCUUAAGACUUUCCUUUCUUACAUUCACCCGUUUCUUCAGCGCCAAGGAAGAUAUUAUGGCAUCUAUGUCAUAGAACAACACGGUGACGAACCGUUAUUCUGCAAGGGCUUACUCUUCAACAUCGGGUUUAACGCAGCGUUAGAAGACGACGAUUACGACUGCUUCAUUUUCCACGACGUAGAUCUCAUUCCUGAAGAGGACAGAAACUUAUACACCUGUAAGGACUCCCCAAGGCAUCUAUCAGUCGCCAUCGACAAGUUCAACUACACCUUACCGUACGAACAGUUAUUUGGUGGAGUCACAGCCCUGAAAACCUCCCACUACAGACAACUGAACGGAUACUCUAACUUGUUCUGUGGAUGGGGUGGGGAGGACGACGACAUGUUUAAGCGACUGUACAGACAUAAGUUGAAAGUCUCCCGUCCUGAGACAGACAUCGCCAGGUAUAAGAUGUUACGACACAGACAGACGCCUCUGAAUCCUGCCAGGUAUGCACUUCUCAAAACGUCGAUCAAAAGAGCGAGCGAGGAUGGACUGAGCAGUCUAGAGACAAUGGGGUAUCAAAUGACUUCUACCUCCAGACAGCGUUUCUUCAGCCAUAUCUUGGUAAACAUUGCGGAUAGAAAUGCUCGUAAAGUAGCGAGGCACUUGCCUCGUUUGAGACGACUAAGGCAGCUGUAAUAGGGCCUUCACACUGAAACCGAAUUAGCAGGAAUCAAGCUGAACCAGCCGGAAUGAAGUACAAAA